AUGAGGAUGCUUCAGACCAUUUGGGCCGCAUGGCACUGGCAGUCGCAGGUGGGGCGCGGACCCCUGCGGUGGCAUGUGGCCUGCCAUUGGCAUGCGAAGGUACAGCAGGUCAAGGUGGAUGCCAUCGCUCGCAUGGCUUUGAGACAGUGGCAUCAGGCGAUGCAGGACGCCUGGUGCUUUCGAGCGUUUGAGGAGGCCUGUGCUGAGAAGUACGCCGAAGAGGCUGCGCUUCUUCGUUUUGGGAGGAGCCUUUGUCGUGGCUUUCGCGAGCGAGACGCAGCCAGGUCCGCCAACCUCGUGGAGCUCGCGGUGGUCGAGGAGGCCCGUGGCCUUGAGACCACCGUGGACAGGAGUGAAGUCUCCUUGUCCUUAACUCAGAGUUCGGUGAACUCCACGUUGAUGGCGCUGGGGAUCGAACAGCCAGAUUUGGCACAGAGCCCGAAAGGCAUUUUCGCCAACGCCACCGUGAACACCGAAACUCAUGAGGUGCCAUGGUCUUAUCAUGAGUUUCUGGUGGGCGAACAGGUUGGUGGUUCUUUGGAAUCCUUCAAGGGCAUUUAUGCCAAGUCCAAGUCUUAUGCACCAUUGCUGGUGAAUCACAGACGGGCCGAGACGGACCGUCCCAUGCGGAAUGAGACGAACGCGUCGAUCUUGGAUGCUGCGAGGGAGGCCUUGCUGCGGCACUUCGGCUUUGGUGCCCUGCGAGCCUUCCAGGCCGAGGCCAUCGCAGCGUGGACUGAGGGCCGAGAUGCGCUCAUCAGCAUGGGCACUGGCAGCGGCAAAUCCUUGUGCUUCCAAUUGCCUGCAUUGCUGAAGCCUUCGACCUUAGUGAUCUCUCCACUGAUCUCCCUCAUGCAGGACCAGGUGCGAACCUUGCGGCAGCGCCAGAUCCACGCGGUCUACUGCGGCUCGGGCGGUGCCAGCAUCAGGGAGCUGCGUGAGGGAGUGCCGCCACGCGGCGGCGUUCAGGUGAUUUACAUGUGUCCCGAAUUCGCUCUCACGCACCUCUCCGAACUCGCGCUAUUGAAAGGCUCAGUGCACUUACUGGCCAUUGAUGAGGCACAUUGUAUCUCCUCCUGGGGCCACGACUUCCGCCCCUCCUAUCAGCGCCUGGGCGAGCUGCGCGAGCUCUUGGGCGUCCCCACCAUGGCGCUCACAGCCACCUGUACUCCGCAGGUGAAGCAGGACAUCCUGCGCUCCUUGCACUUCAAAGAUGGCGUCAACAUCCAUGGCUCCAUCAACCGGCCCAAUCUGAAGCUGCUGGUGCGCCCGCGCAGCACCUUGCAGGAGGACUUCCGCGAGAUCUUCGGGCUGCAUGGUGAUUCAAGCGCACGAGCAGCCCGAAGUGUGGACAACACCUCCAUCAACUGCAUGAGCUCUUCGAUCAUCUAUGUGCCCACCCGAGCCAAGAGCGAAGAAUUGGCGCAGUGGUUAGAGGCUCAAGGAGUUCGGGCAGAGCCCUAUCACGCAGGUCUGUCGCUCCAGGCUCGAGAGCGGCUUCAUACCGCCUUCUUGCUGGAUGAGGUGCAGGUGGUGGUCGCCACGGUGGCCUUUGGGAUGGGCAUCGACAAACCCUCCAUCCGGCGGGUCGUGCACUACGGAGGCGUGAAGUCCAUCGAGGACUUCGUGCAGCAGACGGGCCGCGCUGGGCGUGACGGCGAGGAGGCCGAGACCGUGGCCUUCACCCGGCCAAGUAGCGAUGCACAGGAGAUCAAAGGGUUGAUCCUGCAAAGCUCGGACGUGGAGCGCGGUGAAAGGUUGCUGGCGCUUCACCGCGAGGUGUCCCUCUUUCUGAGCGACAACUCCACCUGUCGACGUCGGCGCUUGCUGUUGCACUUCGGCGAGGAGCCGCAAGCGGUGGCCGCCGCCGAUGCGGCUCCCCAGGGACACUGCGUUCGCGCUCCGGAUGGCCAGGUGUCCUGCCGCUGGUGUGACGUUUGCCUCGCGACGGGUCACGCCGUGGAUCAACGUGGGGGUGAGUUCACUCAGGACUGCCGGGUGCUGCUGCAGUGCACCAUGGCCUGUGGGGGUUACACAGGCAGUGGCCUAGUACUGGCCAUGGCAGCUGGACAGAGCAACGCCAAUCUCAGGUCGAAGCAGCUGCAUUUACACUCGGCCUUUGCCAGUGGCAAGCACCGCACCGCUGCCUGGUGGAAGGCCUUCCUGCCGCAUGUCUUGGAGCGCGGGCUGCUGCAGGAGCGACCGGCCGUGCUGGCGAAGGGCGUGAAAUACGUGGCGCUCUCCGUGUCCUCAGCUGGGCAGGCCUUCCUCAAGAACAGCGAGAGCCGCUUUCAGCUUUGCCCCGUUCCACCUGAGCUUCUCACCAAGCCGUCACCGCCCGCGCCCAGUCCGCCCGUGCAGAUUCGAUCUUCCGGCCUUUCCUUGGCCAUCGACCAGAAGAUCCAAGAGCUCUACAAGCGGCUGUCACAUGUGCGACAAACCUGGAUGCGGCGGCUGAACAUCAUGGGGGAAGCCAUCAUCUCAAAUCCCAUCCUGCGUGCGUUGGCAGAGGUGCGUCCCAGCUCAGUGCUGGCGGCUCAGCAGCACGUGCCUGGUUUGCCGGCGCUCUUGCAUCAGGACUUGGCGCAGGUCUUGGAGGCCCUCAUUGGGGAGAUCAACGGAAGCUGCCGGGAGUUCUCCUUGACGCAAUGUGGCGAUGAGCGCAAGCGGAGCCUCCACGCUGCGGAGCCUCCGGCCAAGGUGCCGUGCACGUCGACGGCCUUAUACCGGUCGACAGGCGUCUCCCCACGUCCUGCGAGUCGGCGUCUCCCCACGUCCUUCGGCGAGGAAGGCAGCGGCCAAAGCGCCGUGCCAAAGUCUGGUGAUGAGUCGUGGUCUCAGCAUUUUGGGAUGACCACCCAGACACGAGACCGGACCCGAGUCCUUUGGACCGCUUUUCGAGUCCGUGACCUAUUUCUUUUUGCGCAGGCGGAGAAGGCGGAGAAGGAUGAAUGGCUGGGCUUGCUUGACAUGUGAAGCGGCGAAGUCAACACCAUCUCUGGCCCGACAUGU